AGACUGGUUACAGAAUCCCGCUAUUAAAAUCUCAAAUUUAGAGACUUGAGACUGUCUCACGUUACAGAAUCGCACGGUUAGUUAGUGUAGCGUGUUUGUUGGGUAUAAGUACAGAAAAUGUCAAUAAACAAUUAUACUUCCAUUUGACAUUACGUUUGUGCUGCCAGUCUAUUAUAUACAUACAUACAAAUCUGUUAUAUAUAUGCAAAUGUACAUAUAUUUAUAUUCUGAAUAAAAGUAAAAAUUACCGGGAAUUAAAAGGAUCGGCUGAUUGCAAAAAUGGAUUAUGAAUUAGAAUUAAUUGAUUCACUGUCAGCAUUAGCUUAUGAGGGUCCGUGCUUGAAAGUGGAUGGUCUAGUUAAAGCGCUGGAAGGUGGUCCUCACGAUUCAGAUUUUCGUCAGCUUAUUGGUUGGUUAACCGAGGAACUGCAUGUCUUGAGAAAAACAGAUGAGCACGUAGCUGAGUUGCAGGAUCAAAGUGAAUUUUCAAUGGAACUUUCUGCUAUGCUAAAAGAACUUGGAUGCCCUUAUCAACGUUUUGUUGCUGGUCCGUUAACGGGAAGAUUCGAAACUCGAGAGGCGUGUGCACAACUACUCGAUUACCUCUUAACAGAAUUAAUGGCAACGAAAAUGUCUUAUCGUCUUCGACCUGCCAAACAUACACUUAUUAUUCCUAAAUCUGAAACUAAUACGGCGCGUUCUCUGGAACAGCUAUCUCGAGAUGUUGGGUUGGGUAAACCACCAGAUAAUGUUUCGCCAAAAGCAAUUUUUGAUAAACUCAAUUUUAAAGUUGAAGAGCUAAUACGCAAAGCCAAACCCGACGUACUGAGUGAACCAUUAUUGAAUUUAAAACAACCUCUGUCUGAAGCACAAUGGAAAAAAUUGGAUGCAAUACUUUCCAAUCUAGAUUUGGAAUAUAAUAUGCGUAGACAAAUGCUGUUGACUCGUCUUGAAGUAACUAUACAGAGUUUUCAAUGGUCUGAUAAAAUGAGGUCAAGAGAAAAUGAAAUCGCAAGUCGCUAUCAAAAGAAAUUGCAGGAAUUAGAUCCCUUGCGUUUUGGUAAUGAUGAUACAAAUAUUGUAGCAUUUCUUGCUGCACGUGCAGAUUUGGCUAUUAUAGAAAAAACAAGUUCUGCGCAAGUGCGAAAAAACACGGGUUGCAAAAUACAAAAGCAUGUAAUAGGAAGCGUACCAGAUCGGGGUGGUCGAGCACAUGAGCACGCUCCCCCGCCUCCAGAAAUGCCCUCUUGGCAACAGCAACGAUCUCAAGGACCUGCUGGUAACGUCGGAGGAAACUUCCGGGGUGGGAGAGGUGGAGGUGGCGGUCGAGGUGGCAGUGGCCAUUGGCAGCAAUAUUCAAACGCUCCACAACAACAACGCCAAUCUCAACAAUUUGAACCACGUCAACCUACCGACCAAGGUCGGAACCAGAAUUGGGUUAGCGGUAGCGGACGUGUACAAGGUAGCGGCUGGUCCCAGCAUAAUAAUGGUGGCUUUUUUCAAGGUAAUGAGGGGCGCAGUGGUGGUGGUGACAAUUUUAACCGGGGACGCUCAAAUUAUCAUCGAGGAGGCAGUGGAGGCGGUGUUCGUCGUUAAAAUUAAAUAAAUUACUCACCUACGAAAAAUAUUUUGGAAUAAAAACAAAAUAUUCAUGUA